AUGACGACAUAUUUUGAUACACUUCGGACGCCGUACCAGAAAGUUUCUAUUUCUGAUGAGGGUGUUUCUACCUCUGAUUUUAUUGAUGCUACUGAAGGUGUUGUGAAGCUUUUUGAUCUUCUUGGAAGCAGCGCCUUUGCUGUGGUACAGAAUGAUAUGAAUGGAAAUAUUAAGAAAAUCCGUGAUCGUCUUCUCGCUACGGGCCCAGAUCUGUCUGGUACACUGGAACUGCUGGUGAAGAAUGAAGGUCAACCUGGGGAUAAGAAGCGUACAGCUACGGAAGGCUUAAUGUGGCUCUUGCGCGGUCUAGACUUUACUGCCAAAGCUCUGCAUCGAUCUCUCGAUAACCCGACCGAGGAACUCAGUGCAAGCUUUACAGCUGCGUAUGAGAACAGUCUACGCAAGUAUCACAGUAUUGUCGUGCGCCCUCUUUUCUCGUUGGCUAUGAAGGCUUGCCCGUAUCGGAAAGAUUUCUACGCUAAAUUGGGACCUUCCGAAGAAAAAGUCCGACCACAACUCUCUGAAUGGCUUGAAGCCCUCGAGAAGAUUGUGGCUCGUAUGCAUCAAUUCUAUGAGUACUCAAGGCAAUUACUCUAA